UGUAGUAAAACAUAAUCUCUCUCUCUCUCUCUCUCUCUCUCUCUCCACAAAAGAAGAGCAAGAAAACACGGUAUGAAGAUGAGAAACAAAGGUAAAGUAUACCCAUCCUCCUCCUCCUCCUGCACUCCAUUUCCGGCCGAAGAUCUAGACACAGAUUCUCUGUCCGUCUUAAAGCUUCUACCGGCGACUAUUCUUGGUUUGGCCCUUCUCCUAUCUCUCCAAGACCGUCAAGUGUUGGCCUACAUGAUAACUAGGUCCAUCAAUUCUACUCAUCCUUCAGUUGAUAAGAAGAAACCAUCAAAUAACCACAACCCUCCUCCACUUUUUUAUUGCGAUUGCUUUGAUUGUUAUACCAGCUAUUGGUUCAAAUGGGAUUCUUCUCCUAACCGUGAGCUCAUUCACCAAGCCAUUGAGGCUUUUGAAGAGACCUUGACCCACGGUGAACAGUCUAGGAAGAAAGCCAAGAAGAGAGAGAGAAUUUACAGUCCUCCACCGGAAAGGCUUCAAGUGGUGGAAGAGAAAGCUGAAGAAGAUGGGGUUUUGAAUAUUGCUGCGGAGGAGAAGGCCGAUGCCCAGCCACCUGAGGCAGCGGUACUUGUGGCGGCCAGCCAGCACAAAGGGUUGGCUAGGAAGGUACUGCCGGACGUGAUAGGGUUGUUCCACUGGCGUUUGUGGAGUCUUUGGAGUCCGAAUGUAUCAUUUUAAAAUCUCGAUGCUUGUAUUCUACAUAGCUCCUGUCUGUGUCUGUCUCUAUUAGGUCGCCGGUGAAAUCCCAUAAAUUUUUUACUAAAUAAAAUACAAGAUUAUGUA